GGGCACGGGCAGGUGGAGGAGGAUGAAGAAGAAUGAAGAAGGAGAAGGCGAAGAAGAAUGAAGAAGAAGAAGACAAAGAAGAAGAAUGAAGAAGAAGAAGGCGAAGGAGAAGAAUGAAGCAGAAGCAGAAGCAAAAGAAGCAGAAGAAGCAGAAGAAGAAGAAGAAGAAGAAGAAGAAGAAGAAGAAGAAGACGAAGAAGAAGAAGAAGAAGAAGAAGAAGAAGAAGAAGAAGAAGAAGAAGAAGAAGAAGAAGACGAAGGCGACGACGACGACGACGACGAAGAAGAAGAAGAAGAAGAAGAAGAAGAAGAAGAAGAAGAAGAAGAAGAGGAAGAAGAAGAAGACGAAGAUGAAGACGACGAAGAAGAGGACGGAAAAGAAGAGGAGGACGAAGAAGAGGACGAAGAAGAGGACAAAGAAGAGGACAAAGAAGAGGAUGAAGAAGAAGAAAACGAAGAAUAAGAGGACGAAGAAGAAGAGGACGAAGAAGAAGGACGAAGAAGAGGACGACGAAGAAGAAGUAGACGACGAAGACGAAGAAGAAGUAGAUGACGACGACGACGACGACGACGACGACGAAGAAGAAGAAGAAGAAGAAGAAGAAGAAGAAGAAGAAGAAGAAGAAGAGGAUGAAGAAGAAGACGAAGACGAAGAAGAGGAGAAGAUAGAGGAGGAGAAGAUAGAGGAGGAGAAGAUGGAGGUGGACUACAAGGACAAGGACGAAGAAGAACAAGAGGAAGACAUGGGUAAAACUGGGAUGAAAUCGCAUCUUAGUAGUGGGGAGAGGUCGCCAGUGUGUGUGGCACUACUCAUGGGCCUCCCAGCAGCUGGCAAGACAUCCUUGGCACAUCGGCUGCUCAGCUUCGUCAACAGGAAGCAUCAUGUGCCUCGCCACUGCCGCGAGUCCGGCAACCCUUCUCCUAGGGUGCUGCAUAUCUGCUUUGAUGAUUUUAUCAACUGGCACCUCAGAUCUGGACCUGCUGGAUCUGGAUCCGCUCCCCUAUUCUGCUCUGGCUCGGUAUCUGGAUCCCAAUCUGGAAUGGGUUCUGAGCCUCAACAACACGAAUGUGGAUCGGUACCUCAACUCAGGAAUUGGUCCCUGUAUGGCAGCAGUGCUGCGCAGGCAAGCAGCCCCAUGUCGGUCCAUGAGCAGGAAGUGGUUGCACUGUCAUCUCUUCAAGGCGAGGGAAGAGGGUCUGCAUCCCUUGGGAUGACUUCGCUGAUGCAACUGGUGAUAGGAGAACAGCGGCUUAGAUCCCAGUCUCAGUCUGACAGGAGCGAAGGAGGGUUGAGAUCCCGGCCUGAGCCAAAAAAGGAGAGGUGUCAAUCCCAGCCUCCGCCGGAAAAGGGGUCCAGAUUCCAGCCUCAGUCUGUAGAUGGUCCUGAAUCCCAUCUCCAGCUUAAAGAGGGGCGUAGAUCCCUGCCUCAGCCUAAAGAGGCCUACAGAUCUGAGCUUCGGGCUAAAGAGGGAUCCAGAUCCUGGUCUGAGUCUGAAGAGGGCUCUGGAUCCGUGUUUGAUCCUGAAGAGGGAUCCCAUCUUCAGCCAGACGAGGCCUUCAGAUCCCAGUUUCUGCCUGAAGAGAGCUCUUUCUCCCAAUUUCAAUCUGAAGAGGGGUUGAGAUUGCAACCUGAGCUGGAGGAAGGGUUGUCUGGACACCCGCUGGAGCUUAACUGCAGGUCCCAGCCUGAGUCUGCAUUCGACUGUCAGUCUCACCGCACUUUUAAAAGGGCUGACGUAUCUGACCAGGACGGAAGACGCAUGGAGUUGAAGGAGAACGGAUGCAGACUCCAGGUUGGAGGCCAGGUGGUGGUAGGCAAGGAGAACAAGAGGAAGGAAGGGGGUGAAGCCGUGUGUAUGCCAGCUUUCUCCGGCGACCGAUGGAAGGAUGGACGCCAACAGGCGCUCGUAUAUCUUGAGAGAGUCCUGCAGUCAGGGCUUGCACUGAGUGAGGAGAGAGCACAUGGAUAUCUGCAGCAGCUUGGAGUUUACGGAAGCUGCCACCAUAGCCAUCCACAGUUUGAAGGCGGUGGAUUCUGCCAUAGCCAGCAGCAAGAUGAUGAAGACCACCUUGCUCACAACCAUGAGACAAAGCAGGUCAUGUUAUCGUCCAAGAGUGAGCUUGAUGAGCGUACGAGUGGCCCGUUGCUAAUUUUGGUUGAUGACAACUUUCACCUGAGAAGUAUGCGAUACCGGUGCUAUCAGUUGGCCCGGCAGUACCGCGCUGCGUUUUUAACCAUUUACGUGCAAGUGUCAGUAAAGAGUGCACUGAAACGUAACGCUGGACGCCGACCAGAAGAGAAGGUCCCAGAUACAGUGAUCCAAGCUAUGGCAUCAGCCUUGGAAGUGCCCAAUGCGAGCCUUCAUCACUGGGAGAAGAAUGUGAUUCAAGUCUUGGUAACGGAAGAAGAAGUAGAAGAAGAAGAAGACGUUAAGCAGAAAGAAGAGAUGGUGAAUAAGGAGGCCAUCACCUUGGAAACAGCCCCUGGUUCCUCAUCUGUAUCUCCAAGUACUCCUGAUUCUACCUCUCGCUCGGCUUCUCUCCCCACUACCUUUAUCUCUGCUUCUGCCUCUGCCAUUGCAGCAUUGUGGGCAGAUAUUAUCAGCCAUUGGGGUGCUCCUCCAUGCCAGCUGGACACCAUUGAAGAGAUUAAUGCUAGGUGUCAAGAGGGUAGGGUUGCAAAUGAAAACAGCAUCUUGCAUUGGCUUGAUGUUAAGUCUCGACAAGCGAUCUCAACUGCUCUUUCAUCAUCAUCAUCAUCAUCAUCAUCAUCAUCAUCAUCAUCAUCAUCAUCAUCAUCAUCACUGUCAUUGUCAUUGUCAUCGUCAUUGCUGUCAUCAUCAUUGUCUGGACUACUUCCAUCUCAUGGCAGGCUCUGCUCAAAAGGAUUUCCAAAUCCUGAUCCAGUACCUGCUGGAGAGGUAAGCCCUGUUGCUUUGGGAGGAAACGGUCCCCCUCUCCUUCCAUCAUCAGCAUCUCCAUCUGCCAAGGAAAAACGAAAACGGAGAGGAAAAAGGCGAACUUCAUCUAACAUUGGUGAUUCAAAUCGAGAAGCUCAGGGCGAGGAAGCAGCAGACCCUGGCACCACUGACCGCCACAACUUGUCAGACAGCAAUGCUGCUGCUCAUGAUAUGGUGACAGGCUUUGAUCACCACCACUCCUACUCGGGAUGCUUCUUGCCAGCAUGCACCUCCAUCACACGUCAAGAGGCGGCAAUGAUAUUGAAUGCUGCACGGAAGACAAUGCUCCAAGUUGUGAAGCACAGUUACUGGCAGGAUCAUGCCAAAAUAGCAACAGCAGAUCGUGGAAAUGACUUGCAGAGCAAGCCACUACUUCUUCAAGGGUUAGCCUCUGUGGAUGAAGAAGGCAAUGAAAGAAGAGUCGCAUCCAACCCCGUAGCGGAGGAGUGUGCAGGACGAGGGAAUCGGUGCGAAAGGUCUGAGGCAGAACACAGAGGACAUGCCGUACACAGACAUGAAAAGCAUGUUGUAGAAGAUGACAAUGGUGCGUCUGCAGACACAGAACAGGAGCAAGGGAGUUGCAGAGCAAAGUACACUGACAUCAGGGAGGGUGAAGACAAUAAAGAGCCAGGACGAGAGACAUCUGACACAGAGGUCAUCAUUUCUAAGGGCGAAGAAGAGGGAAGAACGACCCCAGCCACCACGACAGUUGCCAUGAGCAUUACUCACAUGAGGCGAGCGUUCCUCAUGGAGGCUCAGAACAUCUCUGUUUUGAAGGAUAGAGAAGCGCGAAGAGCAGUUCCAACAGUUGUUAGGGUUGCAGAGAUAGAGUUGAUGGCCUUCCUUGAACUUUGUGAUUCGAGUGACGAGCUGCAUUCAGGGCAUGGAGGAUCAUUGCACUCCGGUGCUGUAGACAGUUUGCAGCAGGAGAUCUGUUCUAUUCAUCAGAUUACGUCACACGAAUCGGAAAUGGUUAGGAGGCGUUCUUUAGAUUCUUUGGGGAGGAACCAGAUGAAGUAUGCGAAAUUGAAGAAGACAGGCAAUUGCCAGCCGCCAAAGAAGGAAGAAAACGGCAUUCCCUCGCUCAAGGCGAAGGAAUUACAUUCAGAUUCCAAGCCAACAGAUGCGGAUGAUUGGCGGUCAAGACUGGCACGGCAGUUAAAUCUUCUUUUGCCGGAAGAGCCUUCACAGGCACCAAAAGAGGAGCGUUUAGCAUCGAGGAUGAGGAAACGUGCAAAGCAGAAGCAUGUCAGAUUUCAAGAAGAGGCACCAGGUGUAACACCAAUCAAGAGGGAUUGCAAGCCCAUGGAAAUAAUUUGCCUGGAACCAGAUCUGGAGCUCGAUGUGGACCAGGACAUGAAGCCUGGUCCAGAUCUGAAGCCAGAUGCAGAUCUGAAGCCAGGUUCAGAUCUCAGGCCAGAUGUGGACGACGAGCUGAACUGGGGCGGUCAGCCGAAGACGGGAUUCGAGCGCGGUGCAACAUUGAGGCGAAGGGGAGCAAUUAGAGAGGAUGCAAACCAGAGGCUGGACAGCAAGCAAGGAGACCAGUGCCUGGAAGCACCAGGGUUUGAGGCACACUGGGGAGGAUCAUGGUGGGAUGUAUCGAUAUUGGAGCGAGAUGGAAACAAAUGCAAAGUUCAGUACAAUGGAUUUGGUGAUGCAGAUGAAGGUCUAGUUCCUCUCAGCCAAAUCCGUUUGGCAUCAAGGCCGGCUGAGGAUGUGGACUGUUCCACGUUCACGAAAAAGAGCAACAUUGUAACAUUUACAGAACAUCCAGAUGCGCGUGACGGCGCACAAGGAAAGGCAUGGUAUGAUGGCCAGAUCACUUUUAUAAACCGGCGCAAUCACAAAGCCGAUGUAUGCACAUGUGAAUUUCAUGUUCAAUUACGGUCAGUCUACCCUGGCCGUAACGGAAGCUCUCAAAGGUUAAAGAAAGGGGAAAUUGUCCUGCAUGGGGUUCAGGAUAUGGCCAUACAGCAGGCACUAUGUGCGGUGACAAUGGAAGAGGCGAUUGACGCGGUGUGCUCGGGGAAUUUAAGGAGGAUCGCUCCAUGUAGGGCAGGUCAUGCUGGCUUCGUGCAUGAUGCAUUUUCAGAUGAGACGGCGGCACAAUGCUACAAGGUCAAGAAAGAGGAAGCCUCCACGGGCGAUGGUGGCCUUGAUAAUGUGGAAGGAACAGAGGGAGGUGAGGCAUCGACGGAAGCCGAGGGAAGAUACAGAUGUGAGACUACUACCCCUAUGGAUGUCAAACCGCGGCGUGAACUGAAGGAAGAGAUAAUCUUAGACGGAACGGAAGGUGUCGUCAUGGAGGAGAGGGGAGGAGAGCUGGGUGGAAAGAAAACCAUACAUCGAGGACACGGGAAAAAAGGCCCAGGCAGAGGUUGGAGGAAAGGUAUGCGCGGAUGCUGGUGGAAACAGCAGGGAAGCAUGGAAGAUAAAGCAUCCACGGAACAGGAGGGAAGGCGUACUGAUGAGGCGACCACCCCUUUGCAGACCGAAGCGAACAGGGAAUUGAAGGAGGAGAUGGCUGUAGAUAGCGAGGAAGUUAUCGCGAUGAAAGAGAAGGGGGCAAAACUCGGCGCGCAGGAAACUGCGGUCGGUCGGCAAGGGCAUGCCAUGGCGUCAGGUACAGUGCACAUCAACCGAAGGGUGGGUAGGGGUUGGCGCAAAGGUCUGCACGGAGUGCGUAGACGAGUGAAACUACAGCCAACACAUAAAGUGAAGAGGCGGAGGAAAACGAUAUCGGCAAUAGGCCAGCAAAGUGGAAGCGACGUUGUCGACAUGAAACUAUCUAGAGUUCGACAGAGAUUAAAACGCUCCCUUCAGCGAUGUGCUCGUCUUAUCAAGAAAACAUAAAGGAUCGAAGGACAUACACCCCGGCCGCCAAAGGAAAAGACUCUCUCCUUUAUGGUGACAUCAUCCCGUCGAUGAUCAGUAGGGGAAGGGAGGAGACGAAGGGCCUUGCUCCACUGCUCAACAUCGAACACGUACCUGGACAGACUGUAGACCAGAUACAUUCGAGCAGAUUGAACAUUUUGAAAUGAAUUGAGGUGAUCAUGAUCAGCUCCGGACACAUUUCAAAUGUUAUGCAGUGGAGCAAGCUCCAAAGAGAGUAGUAGCAGCAAGGGAGGAGGCAAAGGGCCUUUCUCCACUGUUCAACAUUGUACAUGUAUGUACCUGGACUGACUGUAGACCCGAUGCAUUGGAGCUGAUAGAACAUUUUGAAUGCAUUGAGAUCCUGAACAGAUCAAGAUACACUUCAAAUGUUCUGCAGUGGAGCAAGCUCCCAACAGAGGGGGAAGAGACAGUAGUAGUCGCAGGAGUAGAACGGGAAAGCGGAGGGGAAGGAGAGAGUGGAAGAGAAACAUCUUUCUGGAUGGUUUGGAUUCACAGUCAUUGGGCCUCGCUCCACUACUCUCGACACGCACACACGACAAAUCAUGGCGGUGUAUCUUUCCAUGUUCUAGCGGAAGAUUCACUCUCGUUUCGUACAUUUCGAGAGUAGUGCAGCGAGGCCCACUAUCAACGGGCCAGAGGGUAAGCGCUCCACACAACCUCUUUUUCUUUUCCUCAAAAUCCAGAUCCCUUUACAAAAUCCAUGAAACCUCUUGAUGGUGAGGCAACCAGGUUCUGUAAAAAUAAAAAUUCAGGAAAUAUAAGCUUUCAUUAAGGCAUCCAUAUCCAUCUAUCUCUGCGUGGUGGGAGAGGAGGGGGAGAUAUCUGGCAAGUGCUUUGGAGCACAGAGGGGCACAUCUCUAAGUUAUCCUCAGAUGAAGAGAUAUUGGGCAUGGGCAAGUGGCGGAAGAAGCGAUUAACCCACCAGUACAUUUCAUAGGCAGGGAAGUUUUUUCCUCCUCAAUAUCUAUGGAAGGAGCUCAAGCUGUAUGUACAGGGACGCUGGACCCCAUUUCCAGCUGGUGACACUCCCCACCAAUAGAUUGGAGCAACCAGAAAGGCUAUCAGGCGGGGUUGUGCUCAUAUCACCCCUCCUAACAGCUAGACUGGUUCAAAAAAAAAAAAAAAAAAAAAAAAAAAAAAAAAAAAGGUCUGUUUCAGCGCAGCUGUACAUGCGCCGCGACUUUGGGGGCUUGCUAUACCCCGAAUCGGAAAGGCUGGAUUACAUGCCAUUGGGGCUUGCUAUACCCCGAAUCGGAAAGGCUGGAUUACAUGGCUUUGGGGCUUGCUAUACCCUGAAUCGGAAAGGCUGGAUUACAUGGCUUUGGGGCUUGCUAUACCCUGAAUGGGAAAGGCGGGAGCGGUCCCAGCCAGAUCAAGAAAAAGAAAAUCACCCCCCCAUGUCAGUUUCACCAAACUGGGCGCUUGGCAGAAAUCGGCCUCGGGAAAAAGAGGCUCUAAACUGCAAGUGGUGGCUUAAGCCUCUUUGUACGAUAACGACGGGUAAGUGUUACAAUCACAACCAUGUAGGGUUACGAUAAAUAACAACCAUGAGG